CCUGUCGCAAGCGCACUUGUGAGAGGAAGUGUCCGCGGCCGCAGCUCUUGUCUGUCUCCCGGUUACGUUAGUCUGGUAGCCGAGCCGUUGCCUCUUAGCUGGGUCGCCGUUAUGGGAGUCCCGGCAUUCUUUCGCUGGCUCAGCCGCAAGUACCCGUCUAUCAUUGUUAACUGCGUGGAAGAGAAGCCAAAAGAAUGCAAUGGUGUAAAGAUUCCUGUUGAUGCCAGUAAACCUAAUCCAAAUGAUGUGGAGUUUGAUAAUCUGUAUUUGGAUAUGAAUGGGAUCAUCCAUCCCUGCACUCAUCCUGAAGACAAACCAGCACCAAAAAAUGAAGAUGAAAUGAUGGUUGCAAUUUUUGAGUACAUUGACAGACUUUUCAAUAUUGUAAGACCAAGACGACUUCUCUAUAUGGCAAUAGAUGGAGUGGCACCACGUGCUAAAAUGAAUCAACAGCGUUCUAGGAGAUUCAGAGCAUCAAAAGAAGGAAUGGAAGCAGCAGUAGAGAAGCAGCGAGUCAGAGAAGAAAUACUGGCAAAAGGUGGCAUUCUUCCUCCAGAAGAGAUAAAAGAAAGAUUUGAUAGCAACUGUAUUACACCAGGAACUGAGUUCAUGGACAAUCUUGCUAAAUGUCUUCGCUAUUACAUAGCUAAUCGUUUAAAUAAUGACCCUGGGUGGAAAAAUUUGACAGUUAUUUUAUCUGAUGCUAGUGCUCCUGGUGAAGGAGAACAUAAAAUCAUGGAUUACAUUAGAAGACAAAGAGCCCAGCCUAACCAUGACCCAAACACACAUCAUUGCUUAUGUGGAGCAGAUGCUGAUCUCAUCAUGCUCGGCCUUGCUACACAUGAACCCAACUUUACUAUUAUUAGAGAAGAAUUCAAACCAAACAAACCCAAACCAUGUGGUCUUUGUAAUCAGUUUGGACAUGAGGUCAAGGACUGUGAAGGUUUGCCAAGAGAAAAGAUGGGAAAGCACGAUGAACUUGCAGAUAGUCUUCCCUGCACAGAGGGGGAGUUUAUCUUCCUUCGUCUUAAUGUUCUUCGUGAGUAUUUGGAAAGAGAGCUCACCAUGGCCAGCCUACCAUUCACAUUUGAUGUUGAACGGAGCAUUGACGACUGGGUCUUCAUGUGCUUCUUUGUAGGAAAUGACUUUCUUCCUCAUCUACCAUCAUUAGAAAUUAGGGAAGGUGCAAUUGACCGUUUAGUUAACAUAUACAAAAAUGUGGUACACAAAACUGGGGGUUACCUUACAGAAAGUGGUUAUGUCAAUCUUCAAAGAGUACAGAUGAUCAUGUUAGCAGUUGGUGAAGUUGAGGAUAGCAUUUUUAAAAAGAGAAAGGAUGAUGAGGACAGUUUUAGAAGACGACAGAAAGAAAAAAGAAAGAGAAUGAAGAGAGAUCAACCAGCUUUCACUCCUGGUGGAAUAUUAACCCCCCAUGCCUUGGGUCCAAGAAAUUCACCAGUUUCGCAAGUAGCCAAUAAUCCGAGACAAGCAGCCUAUGAAAUGAGGAUGCAGAAUAACUCUAGACUGAGGAAGAGGAAGGCAAAAAGAGAGCUCUGGAUUUGUUUUUCUACUUAUAGUCCUUCAGUAUCUCCUAAUACAAGUUUCACUUCUGAUGGUUCUCCGUCUCCGUUAGGAGGAAUUAAGCGAAAAGCAGAUGACAGUGACAGUGAACCUGAACCAGAGGAUAACGUCAGGCUAUGGGAAGCUGGUUGGAAGCAGCGGUACUACAAGAACAAAUUUGAUGUUGAUGCAGCUGAUGAAAAAUUUCGUCGUAAAGUUGUACAAUCUUAUGUUGAAGGGCUCUGCUGGGUUCUUCGAUAUUAUUAUCAGGGCUGUGCUUCCUGGAAGUGGUAUUAUCCAUUCCAUUAUGCACCAUUUGCUUCAGAUUUUGAAGGUAUUGCAGACAUGUCUUCUGAUUUUGAGAAGGGCACUAAACCAUUUAAACCACUGGAACAACUUAUGGGAGUUUUUCCAGCUGCAAGUGGUAACUUUCUACCUCCAUCAUGGCGGAAGCUCAUGAGUGAUCCAGAUUCUAGUAUAAUUGACUUCUACCCUGAAGAUUUUGCUAUUGAUUUGAAUGGGAAGAAAUAUGCAUGGCAAGGUGUUGCUCUGUUGCCAUUUGUGGAUGAGCGGAGGCUGCGAGCUGCCCUAGAAGAGGUGUACCCAGACCUCACUUCAGAAGAGACUAAAAGAAACAGUCUUGGAAGUGAUGUCUUAUUUGUUGGGAAAUACCACCCCCUCUAUGACUUCAUUGUAGAGCUAUACCAUACAGGCUCCACAGAGCCAGUGGAUUUACCACCUGAACUAUGUCAUGGGAUUCAAGGAAAGUUUUCUUUGGAUGAAGAAGCCAUUCUUCCAGAUCAAAUAGUAUGUUCUCCUGUUCCCAUGUUACGGGAUCUGACACAGAACGCUGCAGUCAGUAUUAAUUUUAAAGACCCACAGUUUGCUGAAGAUUACAUUUUUAAAGCUGUAAUUCUUCCAGGAGCAAGAAAACCAGCACCAGUAUUGAAACCUAGUGACUGGGAAAAAUCCAGCAAUGGACGGCAGUGGAAGCCCCAGCUCAGCUUUAAUCGGGACCGGCGACCUGUCCACCUGGAUCAGGCAGCAUUCAGGACUUUGGGCCAUGUUAUGCCGAGAGGCUCAGGAACUGGUCUUUACAGCAAUACUGCGCCUCCACCCAUGACUUACCAGGGUAACAUAUACAGGCCGCUGUUAAGAGGACAAGCCCAGAUUCCAAAACUUAUGUCAAAUAUGAGGCCCCAGGAUUCCUGGCGAGGGCCUCCUCCCCUUUUCCAGCAACAAAGAUUCGACAGAAGCGUUGGGGCUGAACCUCUGCUGCCAUGGAACCGGAUGCUUCAAAACCAAAAUGCAGCCUUCCAGCCAAACCAGUACCAGAUGCUAGCUGGGUCUGGCGGCUAUCCACCCAGACGCGAUGAUCGUGGAGGAAGACAGGGAUAUCCCAGAGAAGGAAGGAAAUACCCUCUGCCACCACCCUCAGGAAGAUACAGUUGGAAUUAGGCUUUUGUAAAGCUUUACCAAAUUCUUUCAUCAUUCUACAGUUUUAUGCUAUUUGUGGAAAGAUUUCUUUCUCAAGUAGUAGUUUUUAAGAAAACUACAGUACUUUGUGUAUUUCUUUUAACUGUAUAUUUCUACUGAUCUGAUCUCACUGUUUUAUGUUGCUCUCCAAAAAUGUGUGUUGCAUAAUACAGUGGAUCUGAAUUUAUUAUUGCUUGUAAAAACACUUUGAUAGAAUAGGAAAACUGGUUUUUCAUUAUGGUUAAAAAUCAAGCCAGCUGUGGAUUUAAAAACACAGUGUAUUCUAGAUCAUCUAUGAUCCAUGCUGAUUUUUAAUGCACAAGAAUUAGGUAUGAACUCUUGAGCUGGAACCCUCAGCCAACUAGAGUGUAUAUUGUUCAGUAUUUCUUUGGAAACGUUUCAUUACUUGUACUUGUCUUACAGAAAUUUCUGGACUUUAGUAAAAAAAAAACAAAAAC